AUGAGCGGCAGCUCUAGCCAGUCCACUCGCACGAGUCCCGGCUCAUUUGGAACUACACAACUCACGGAGUCCGUUUCAUCUGGUUCAUCGCCCCCACAGCAGUCACUCCCUACUUCGCAAGUGCCGUUGACGGCUCAGCAUGCGAUGUCGACCGACGUGUAUAGCCCGAGUGCCUCACAAGCGCCUUCUAUGAAUCCAUCUUUCUCAUACCCUUUCUCUCCUAUCGGCACAGCAGCCUCAUUCGAUAACAACAUGCGCUUGGGCGAUACCGAUCGCAAUCUCCAGGGUGGCCUGAACAGCCUCGGUCGCCCCGGAAAUGGAGGUGCGAUUCUUAUGCGCAAAUUGCCGCGCAAUACGAGUCGCGAAGCGCUUCGCAGUAUGCUACUCUUCGCCAAGGACUUCGUCGACGCGGACUUCGUGACCUUGGACCUCCCGGAGGAUGACGGGUUCUUGACCGCGAUCGCCCGAUUCACCACUGUGCCCGCUGCCGAAGAAGCUAGAGCCCUCCUUGAUGGCAAGCCAAACUCCAAGGCCGACGCCAAUAUGGUCGUCGAAAUGUACAACGGUCAGAUGGGCGCGAAUCUGACAAACACGCGUCGCAACACCAUUGAUCACACCGCGAGCCGUGCGCUGAUGGGAGCCUCGAACGGGCCCCUCGCGCGUCAGUCUUCGCGCUUCAACGGCACAUUCCAGAGUUUGGAGAGGCUCUCAGGAGCCAAUCCCAACCAGACUAUCGGCGAAGGACUUCCUCCGACUUCUGAAUCAGGCUCGCGUAUGCAAAGCCUUUUCUCCCCACAAUCUCCGAUCGGAAAUGGCAUUGAUAAUUUCCAUCGCAUAACUGGAAAGUCCAUGAUUGAUGAAGACCCGGACGAGGAGACGGGUGAGCUUCUCAAAGAUCCGGUGGGAUAUGCGGAGAAUGGCCAUACCACCAAUGUCUCCGCCGGCCGUCGGGCCACUAACCCUCAAAUACCGACCACCCGCUUUGCCAACUUGACCCUAGCAACUAACAUGACGUCGCCACCAUUGCCCAAUUAUCCUGGGGGUAAUGCCCAGCGCAUGGGUGGUGGAACGCCGGGUUCUGGGUACCCCAGCCAAGGUCAUGCUUUCCCAUACAACGCUCAGCAUACGCCUCGCCACAGCCUUCCUGCUGCGAACCCGAAUGACCUGAAUCCUCCUUGCAACACCUUGUACGUGGGCAAUUUGCCACCGGACACUUCUGAGGAGGAACUCAAAGCCCUUUUCUCCAAACAGCGUGGGUACAAGCGACUUUGUUUCCGUAACAAACAGAACGGGCCCAUGUGCUUUGUGGAGUUUGACGAGGUUGCUAUGGCUAGCAAAGCACUCAAUGAGCUGUAUGGUUACAAGCUGUCGAACAGUGUCAAGACCGGCAUCCGUCUCAGCUUCUCAAAGAACCCUCUUGGUGUGCGCUCGGGUCAACCCGGCAGCAUGAAUUCGUCCAACUCCGUCUCAGGACAAGGUGCGGUCCCUGGAGGCAGCAGCUUGAGCGGAAUUCACAACAACAUGUUCUCCGCUGUCAAUGGCCCACCUCCUGGACUGGCAGCACCCCCUGGUCUUGGCAUGGGCAUGCCUGGGCCACCAAUGCGCAAUGGUGCCGCCAUGCAUAACCCAGGAAAUCAGCACGCUGCUUUGAUGGGUAACGUUCCAUACAACCCCAACUCGGGCCUGGGGAUCCGAAAUGGAGCCAAUUCUAUGAUGAUGCCAUCGCCACCACCACCUUCUAGUGCUGGCGGCACUAAUGCAGGGCCGAACUUGAACGGCUAUAAUUCCUUCUACCCUGACUACAUGAUGGGUCGCUAA